ACUUAUAAAUUUUAUUAUCUUAGUAGAAUUUACUCGUCUCAUUUUUGAAGUUACUAAAUCAAGUGACAUACUAAAAAUUUACGUAGCAUUAUUUCACGUUGUAUAUUUUUUUAACAACACAGCUUCAUUUGUGUCUGGUAUUUACUUCUCAAGUUCGUAUCAAGCCUUUGUAACCAAUUUCAGAGCCGUCCAGCAUUCUUCGCAAAAUGAAUCAACUUACAGUGGCCGUAUCAAAAAACUAAAGAUAUAUUUUAUAACAGCGAUAUUUGUGAUUAUUUUAUUGGGUUUAGGUCGGGCUGUGUUAACCGUAGUCGAGUAUUCCGUCAUACUACACAAGGAGAUUUGGCCACAUGACGCUUGGCUAGCACUCUUAGUUACUUACGUUGAGAUUCGAUUCCUAAUAGAACACUUAGUUUUGGUUAUCCAAAUAACUAUGAUUAAACAUUUAUUGAAAUGUUUGAAUAAGUCUGUAUUGAAUCAAAAAAUAAACUAUAACAGUACACAAAUAAAUGAGGGUGUAGACACGUUAAAUAAAAAUAAUAAAUUAAUGAUUCAGACUGUAAAAGAAUGGGCUUCGAAAUAUAAUUGCCUAAAACGUUGCGCAGAGGAGCUGACUUUAUGUUUUAGACACCAGGUAAGAAUUCAAACUGCGUUUUAUUUAUAUAUUUGUUAUACAUGAAAAAUGCACAAAUUACACCUCAGCCUAUCUGUAAUAGGGUAAUGUAGGUAAUAUAAGAAGAAGUAAGUGCAUACUAAAUAAGCCCGCAACAAACAUAUUGCCUUGACAUCUAAACAAAUUUGAAUUGAAAAGUAUAUUAAUAUGUUCAUCAAACGUUUAAUUUCUUAUAAGUCGGCCAGAACGGGACACGUUAAAAUUAAAAUGUAUAUAGUCAAUCAGUUUUUGCAUUGCACGGUAAUUGAGCGCACCAUGCCAAACCCACUGUCCGUAACGUGGCAUUGUUUCUCUUAUUGUUUCAGAUGUGGUUAUCAUUUGGUAUCUCUACAUAUUAUUAUGUGGCUACAAUGUUUGGAGUUAUUUACCACGUGCUCUAUGAGAAUGAAAAGAAGUAUAUUAACAUCCCCGUUAUACUGUAUUUUUGGGCAUACUACGUAUCUUUCAUCUUCGUCAUGUUGGUAGCCUCAAAUGAUCUAAGUAAUGAGGGACUCAAAUUAACGCGAAGGCUUUCUGAACUGUACUGCAAGACUUCUAUUAAUUUGACAUCAGACACAAAACUUCUCAAGGACCUUUAUAUUCUGGUGAAAAACAACCCAAUACAAAUAAAGUGUAGGCCCAAUACGGCUGUCGGCACGAAUAUAAUUCCGAUACUUAUGUCAAUAUGUGUCUCGUAUGCCAUAGUUGUAUUACAAUUCUCACAGCUUUAAAUGUCAAUGAUGUUAAAAAUAAAUAAAGUUGUGGUAAAAAAGUGUGUGAAUUAGGUUUAGGUUACUUUUAAGUCUUGAACUGUCUGAAAAUAAAAAUGUAUCUAAUUAAAUUGUUUAAAAUCAUCAUGUUAUGGAUUUUAUUAUGUUUGUUAUAGUUGGUAUUUUGUAUUGAAGUUUCUACUUAUUGGUCUAUAAACUCAUACGUACAACGAUGUAAUUUGGUGUUUAUCUUUGUUUUAUAAGUGAACUAGCUGGUGCGACUUCGUCUUCGUGGACUUCAGUUUACAGCGUUCGGU